GAGGUCCAAAUCCAAUCACCCAAUCCAUUCGUCGCCGCCGCCGCCGCCGCCCCCGCCCAAUCUCUUCGCCUCCAAUCUCCACCACAUGGCCGCAGCCAUGGCCGCGGCGGUCGCCGCCCGGCUUCCUCCGGCCGCCGCUCGCCGGGCACGUCUUGAAGCCACCACCCCGAGCUCUCCCUUCGCAGUCGCAGCUCCCCGCCGUGUCAUGGCGCCGACGCGCCGCCCGCGACUGGGUACGCGCCUCGUCGUGGUUUCCGCGCAGUCCAACUUCUCCAGAGUUGUUCAAACAGCAUGGAAGGUUGGUAGGGAUGCUGUUGAGGCAGGAACUACUCUAGUCCCAGGUUCGGUUCCACGGCCAGUUGCCAGGAUAGGUGUUACCUUUGUUGCUUUGUCCAUUGCCCUUUUUCUUCUCAAGUCUGUUGUCUCCACCGCAUUCUUCGUAUUGGCAAUGAUGGGGCUUAUAUACUUGGGUUUCCUGGCUAUGAACCCAAAGGAGGGCUCUAGGGUGGAUGAAGGAGCCAAUUCAUCUGAAGACCCUGUGGAAGAAGCCCGGCGCAUAAUGGAGAAAUACAAAUAAAUAAUCUCGGUAUGUUAAAACAACUACUGCAUUCGCCACUUGGAAUAUAUAGCUUGGUCUCUUGAGCCAUCAAUAUGUUCAUAGGGUGCUCAUUAUGCAAAGAAAGAAUAGGUGUGAUUUUGGCUCGAGAGUUGAACUGUGGACAUGUAUAGCAAGAGAGCUGGUGUACAAUAUCACAGUAGUAAUUUGAUUCCGCAUCAGUCUAUUGAGUUGUUGUACAGUUGUAUUCGGUUCAACUCAGGGUGCCAUUUGAGCUUACUUUAGAAAUGAUAAUUGAAUUACUCAACAGAAAAUUGUAGGCACAAAUUGCCUGGUGUAUCAGUAAUUCGACAUUUGCUGGGAUAUUGAUUAAGAAUCGAUCAAAUCGUCGCAGCUCUUCCCCCA